CUUGUAAACCUCAUUAUACUCUAGCCUCGUGAACCUCUGCAGGUUGAUAAUUUGCUUUACCUCUAAAUUUUCCCUUCCAUUGUUAAUCCAUUGUGCUCUGCCAUUGAUGUAAUGUAGCAUCUGUAUCAGGUCAAUGGAACUUAUUUUACUGUAGGAGCUCUUAUUAUCUUUCCUAGUUAUAUAUGAGCACAGCAACACAUUGCUUUAUACAAAUAUUGCAAAGCGUAAUUUCUACUUGUGUCAAGUAUUUACCAUUAGAUAAUCUGUCAGAAGCUAUGAAUCUUAAUGUGGUAUAAAUUAGUUUUAGGUUGCGGGAUUAUAGUGUCACAAGAACUGGUGAAAAAGGCAAAGAUAAUCAAUUCUUCUUGAUCGGUUGAGUUAAUUAUAGAGAAUCUAAUAAAGUUCAAAGAAAAUUAGUACACGAGUGGCACAUAAGAGAGAGCACAAGUUAUAGUAUAUGUGGUGCCUCCUUUGACAACCGAGUCAAGAUAAAUGUUAGAAUGAGUCAAAUGAUGUGCAUAAUGAUCUUAAAGCCCUAAAACGUCCUAAGAUAUGACACAAGAGUUUGAUAAGAAAGACAUCACACAUAAUUGUAUUAUUAAACUUCCCAACUAAAUAUGUCUCCUAACAUUGUUCAUGAACACACAGUUUUGUAUCACCUAUCAAAUGCUUUCCCAAGAGAUUAAUCUCUACUCCUAUCCUAUGAUAAAGAAAAGGAACUCAAGGGUUUAAAGGUACUCAAUUUUGGCAUAUAGAGCUCUUUUUGAACCCGACGAACUACAUAGGUAGGAAUUCCAUUUGUACAACUACCACUAUUAACAAAACAUGUGCCUCUAGUCUGAAAUGUUGGUUGUUGAUGUGCUCCACAAAUCUUGGUGUUGGGUAACCAAGUAUAAUAAUUGCAUAGCUCCAACACAAUAGCCUUAUACUUCACACACUUUUUUUUCGUCCUCAACCGUCCACAAAAAGUCUAAUUCUAGGUUUUAAGGCCUUAAAUAAUUCAUUUAUUUUUAGGAAAAGCUAGCCAGACCCGGGUUUAAAAGGUCUGACUCGGAAAAAGAAGAGAUAUGCUCAAUGGUACCACCCUACGAUUGGUUUUUCACGAGUACUGUCACUUUAUUUGCUUCCACAUGUGAUAACCUUGUAUAUUUGGUUUUCCAAUAUAAUACACUUAUGUUAAGUAAAUAAUAAUAUAAUUAAUUUUGAACUUUAAAAAAUUGUUUAUAUGAAAUCUUUGCAAGAAGAUAUAUGAAAUAGACCUUUAAAUCAUGUAAUAUGAAGUCAAAAUGACUGAGAUAUUAAUGAUCAAAGUUUAGUUAUGGAGUUUGAAUAUAUCUCACCCAUUUUAACUCCGUUUUACAUUAUUCAAAUGUCUAUUUUAUCUAUUUUUUCCCAAAUAUUUCAAAUAAAUGGGUUAAAUGGCGUUAUAGUCAUUGAACUGACUACCAACUUGCCCCAAUCUGUUUAACAACUCUUCCCGAAUCUGUUUAACAGCUUGCACAAUAGUGAUUAUUAAAUAAUAAAGAUAAAGAUUAGUAAGUUUUCCUUUUAACAAUAACAACUUGAAACAAUUCACUACAUGCUAACCAAAUUAAUUCUAGACUAGAAUUUAAAAGAGUGGACAAGAAAUAAUACUUAUUGGUGUACUCUUGUAUAUAAAGAUUAUCUUGCUUUAUUUGGGCAAACCUAAUAUGAUUUUGUUGUUUGUAGUAGGUCAUUGCAGAGAAAAUUAAAUCUCAUCACAUAACAGUACUUGUAGUUCAAUUAUACAAUAAUUGAUAUCUUUUUCAAUAUCCCACUUGUACCUCACUCUUGGCAAAACAGAUUUUCCUUACUUAAUUCAUAAUAAAUUCUUUAAGCUAUAUAUACACACAAGUAACACAUUUCCAUGACCUUACUUUUUAGUUUUAUGAACCUUUUUCUUUACUGCUUUAACUUAAAUCUUUAAUAUUCUCGUUCUUUAGGGUUGAGAUCAAUGUUAUCCGAAGCAUUAAGCGCAUCGAGGCGCAAAACUCUCUGGAGCCUAGGCGCAAAGCGCAAAAGCGAGGCGCGCGCUUCUUUGAAGCUAGGCGCAUGUUUUACAAAUUUUUUAUUUAUUAUGUAGGAUAUAUGUAUAUAGAUUUAUAACAUAAUUUAUACUUCAUAAUAUAUUAAAUCACAUUUAAGCCAAAAUAACUUGAUUUAUCCUUUAUAAUAUAUUAAAUAAUACUUUUAGAGGGAAAAACAAUCCUAAAAUUUAAUAUUAAAAUUCAAAAUUAAUGUUUCAUAGGCAGAAUUUCAGGCUUCCAGCUCUUAACAGGUAGAUAUUUUAUCAAUCAUCUUCACCAAAGUCAUCUUCAAAAUCCUGAUUUGACUCUUCUUCAUGUAUUAAAGUGUUCUCUUCAAAUUCAAAUUCCGUUCUUCUUCUUCGUCCUCAUCUAUUAAACGUCGAGGCCUCUUACCUUUGCUCUGUUUUGAACUUGAAGGAUUGGGGUUAUUUGAACGGCUACGGUUUUCCCCUUUUAAAGUUGUUGAAAGCUGAGAGCCUGAUAUAGCCUUUUUAUUUGGGCCAAAAAUUCUUUUUUUUGUUAUGGGUCAGUACUUUUGGGCCUUAAAAGUGACCCAAAAUUUGUUUUUUUUGUUAUGGGUUAGUACUUUUGGGCCUUAAAAGUGGCCCCAUAACAUUAAUUAUCUUAUUAUGCACUUAGCUUCGCUAAAGCGCGCUUUUCUACCGCUUCGUGCUUAAGCGCGCUUUGUGCUUCAAGGCUAAAAGCGUGCGCUUCAUUGAAGUUGCUUCGCCUCGACAUAUAUGAGGCGCUAAGGGUGCGCUUUGCUUCGCUUUGCGCCUAGGCGCUCGCCUAGGCGCGCUUUUCACGACACUGGUUGAGAUAAUUUUAUUCUUGGUUCACGAUGACCAAGUAAGUGAUUGUAUUGCAAUAUUCUUUGUUGCAUAUUCACGAUAACCAAAUAAAUGGUUAAGAUCCUAUUGCAAUAUUAUUUGUUGUAUAAUAAUUAUGGCCAUAUGCUUAUUCGACUUAAAGAUUGUUUUGUACAAUAUACAUUCUAUCCAUUUUGUUUGUGAAUGUAAUCCUUAAAAUUCAUAUCAAAUUCUUUGACAUUCACCUUUUCUUAUUCUAUUGUGAAAAUAUGCAAAAAUCAGAAAAUCGGGAUGGUCUGUAUUUUUAGGAGAAGUUCAUGACUUGAUAUAAAAAAAUUCAAAACUAUAAGGAUUGUUUAGUGAUUUUGAGAAAUUUUAGGGGCCAAAACGAAAUUUUCUAAAACUACAAGACUUGAUUUGAAAUACUAGUGAAGUCAGGAUACAAGUUUAUGAAUUCUGGAAAAAGGUAGGGUCUCACUUGAAAAGUGCAACUAAGCUUUGAUAUUUUUGUUGCUAAGCAUUCUAAUAGAUAUUCUUUCCUAAUAUUGUAAUUAUUUCCUAUCCUAAUAAUUAUAUCCUAUAUAUAAUUAGCGCAAGAGACUAAUUUACAAUCCUAAUAUAUAUAUCCCAUAUAUAAUUAGCGUAAGAGACUUAAUGUGGUUAAUCGUUGGUUGUUAGAGAUAUAAUUGUCAUAUCUCUUACUUCUCGUAUUAACUGAAUUAGUAGCACAACUAUAAAAGGUAACUUAAUAUUAUUGUUGAAAGAAAAUAAUUGAAUUUGGGCAUUGAAGUUUAAUAAAAAGUUAAAAUAAAUUAUAAAAAAAUACAUAACUGGAGUCAAGUAUUAGUUAGAUAUAUAUAUUGUUCUGGAGUCUUCGAGAUAUUCCAAAAAAUUCCGUUGAGGGUUUGAAACCGCCGCAUACACCAAUGGGAGUAUAUCCACCUAUGUCUACAAAUUGAUAUUCAUUUUCCCUUUCAUUUCUACAUUGUUACACAGCAAAUCGAAAUCGAGCUAAUUAUUCUGUAUACAUGUCUUUCAAAUGCCAAUGGUGAGUACUAUUUCUCAUUGUUUUAUGUUCUUAUAAAUCGUUUUUUAAUUAUUGUUUGAGUACUUUGUUUGAAUGUGUACAGAAGGAUUAUGGUAUAUAUUUCGUUUCAUUGUACAUAUAUACAAUUUGUUUAUUUAGUCUUGAUAUGUUAAGGCGUGAAUUAGUUAAUUUUUGUGAGAUCCCCCCCAAAUGAAAAUGCAAGUAGUAAUUUAAGAGACACUGAGUUAAAAUCUAGGAAUAAUCAAUUAAUUUCUAUUUUGUUAGUAUGCACUUUUGACAAAAAUGGUUAAUUCACCUGUGACAUCCAAACUAUGUCUCUUCUUAGAUUCAUCUAGAUUUACAGUGAACGCGUAUGGUAAAAUGAUUAAAAAAACAAGCUUGUAUGAUUUGAGUAAGUAGUUGGCAAUUGUUAUGUGUUACUUCUGUGUUAUUGUUAAAAGUAAAAUGUUGAUGAUGCUAAAAGUUUGUUAUCAUGUUGACAUAUACACAAUAGCAGAAAGUGAGUAAUUUUAACCUCUUGAUUUGACAAAUUGGUACACAUACGAACAACUUUGUGCUUAAAAAGGCGGUAAACUAAGUAAAAGAAAGUCAUGCGUUUUACAAUGAAUAAUAGUUAUGGCUAUUGUUUUUCAAAUUCUUAUUGAAAUUUGUUUUUAUUCGAUUUAUUUUUGAAUUAUAUUAUUGUCCUAAUGGCUUGGAAUUCAACACUAACGUAAAGAGAGAGUGUGGACUUAUUCGGUUUUUAGCUUAAAAAGAUGUAUGGUAAAAUUUUAAAGCACUUUUUUUUAAAGUAUAUUUCGGUCUAAAAGUUGGAGAGCAGCCCCCAUGCUUUUAAGGAAAAGGUAUUGUUUAACUUUUGACGAAAGCAGCUACAAGUUUCACCAUUAAUUUCCACCAAAAAAUUGUAUCUUAUAUAUUAUACUCCAAAUCAUGCACAUAAAAAUAAAUUAACAAUCAGUCAUAUAAUUUUUACAACAUUACUUUUUCAACUGAACAAAAGAGCUUUGAACAUCAAUCCCAAACAGAGUCGAAGUAGUUACUCCAUAAGUCUAUUAUAAUUAUAUAGUUUCUGCAUACAUUAUGACUUUAAUUUUGUGUAUGAAAUUUAUGUUAAUAUUGUAAUUGUAAUGGUUAUUAUUAUCCUAGUUAUCAAUCGUUAUUGUUUUUGCUAUCAUAAUCAUUAUUACUUUUUUUAACUGCCUUAGAAUUAUUGUUUAUGCAUACAUGAGUAUGAUAUUGAAAUUUGUGUCUAAGUGUUUAUAUAUAUUGAAUAUGAUAUUAUCAUUAGAAUAUGUCAAUGUUAUAAUUCUAAGUUUCUUAUAUAUGGUGGUCAUAAUCUCCUUAACAAAUUCAGUUUCUUACAAUUUUACUAAUUUUAAACAGGCCAAGAUUUUUUUAAUCGGUUAAUAUACAUAAAAUUAUAAUUAGUUAUAUCAGUCAUAGAAUUCUUAUUCUUGAAUAUUACAUGGUGACAACAUCAUUAGAUUUAUCAUAAACUUGUCCUGGACAUUAUAUACAAACAACGAUUGAAGAAAUCCUUUAACUCUUAUUGUAUAUAGGACUUUAUGUUGUUAUAUGUUUUUUUGUUGCUAAAUGGUUUCUUGUUUUUAUUUUUGUUAGGAAGUUAAGUUUCAUAGUACAAGAUGGUGAAUAAGCACAUUCUACUAAAUGUAGAAUUUAAUGUAGAAAUUUAGUAACUGUGAAAAUCGAACUCAAAAUAUAAAGAUUAGCUUGUUUUCUCAUGCUUAAUCGGGAAAUUGCCUUUUAAUGUUCAGUGUUGGAUGUCAAUAAUAUAAAGGUAUUUGAUCAUAAUUUGUUUGUUUAGUGUUAGGUUGGUUAAGCAUCUGUGCAAUUUUCAUAUUUUGUAACUAUAUAAAAGUUUGAAGUGCAAGAUAUUAUUGCUUUUUAAAAGUCCAGGCUUGAAGUUUAACUUGUAUGUAUUUUAUUUUUAGCACACCAAGUACCCCAUGUUCUGGAUGCCACACAUUGAUGGCAGAACUUUUAGGCCAUGGACCCUCGAAUUCUGAGAGAGUUAGUUCCCUGCCCGUACUCUCAUCCAAUUCAGUUGUAGCGAGUCAUGGACCUCUUUUAGCGCAACAAGAGUCGGAUAAAGAAAUAUACGGACAGCAACAGAUGUGGCACAACCAGCAAAAUGGUCAAAUUUCAAUGACAGUUUCAGAGCCCGCAACUAUGCAACUACCGAAAAAGAGUGCCAUGCAGCCUUCUUUACCCAAUCGACCACUUUAUGUACCUGGAAACUGCGCAAGACGGUUUAUCCAGUACAUGCACCAGCUUCAUCGAAAUGCUAAUGCUAGCAUAGAGUUCUGGAGGAAGGUUGUUGCAGAGUUCUUUGCCCCCACUGCCAAAAAGAGAUGGUGCUUCUCGCUAUGCAAGAAUCGCCCUAAACAGGGUGCUACUUUUGCUCAGAGGGAAUGGCAUUGUCAAGUAUGCGAGCAAAAGCCGGGUUGUGGUUAUGAAGUUACUGCUGAAAUGUUGCCUACAUUAGCCAGAGUUGGUCAUGAGACGGGUAUUCUGCAAGAGCUUUUGUACGUUGAUAUGCCAAGUGAACACCCAAGAUUGUCGGGUGAAAUUGCUGUACACUAUAAUAAGGCAACUGUGGAGCUUGUUUAUGAAAAUUUGCGUAUAGCUCAUGAUGGUCACCUGUGCGUCGUUUUUACUCCUGAUCAGAAGAUAACUUCCUGGGACUUCUGCAUUAGAAAUGUGGAGCAAUACAUAUCUGGAAGAAGCUUGUUACCUCAGCUUCAUAAGCUUGAAUUUCUAUCUUGGAAUUACAAUCGUGCUGUUCGGAGUACUUCAUCCAUCUUACAAUCUAGUGAACUGAAGAGGCAUUCUGAAAAGUUAGUCGAAGCAGCCUCCGGCCUCCAAAAAGCCUUAAAUAUGCCUCAAGUUACUGAUGUAGGGUAUACAAGAAGAUACUUGCGAUGCAUAGAGAUCUCAGAAGUGGUGAACUGUAUGGGGGACGUGCUUGAUCUUAGUGUUGCAACAGGGCUGAGUCCAAGAAUGAGUUUGGCCGUACUUGGUGGUUUGAGCAGUGAAGACAGGGCAGUUGAUUCGAACAGCUCCCGGAAAAGGCCACUGCUGCAAAUAACAGAUAGAAAUAAGAAAGCACCAAAUGGGGGACAAUCUAAUGCAUGAUUUUCUGGAAGUCCACCUGCUGCUGAUUCACAUUCAUCAUCAAGUACUGAUGCUGAAAGUAGUGGCAGUGAUUGGUAUCGACAGAAGAUAUGAAAAUGCAGUCGUCCAUGUCAAAACAGUGAAAACAGUAAGCAUGCUCUAACAUCAAUUUGACCUGGCGUUUAUGUUCAGGAACAUCAAAUAUAUUUUUAAAGACUUGUUUUCUUAUUUGUUCCCCUUUGCUGCGCGAACAGAUUUUGUGUUCAGCUUGAGAUUUGUUAUAAAGAUUUAGACAAUGCUUGUUUUUUUUUCAUCAAAUUGCAUGUCUAUAUCUGUAAAUUUCUUUUUAGUAUUUCUUACAUCAAUUGUGCUGCUAAUAUUUUGCCGGUUAAAUAGCUCAUAUAUCCACAUACUAUGA